UAAGAUCGACAUCCUGUUGAUUUGGCAGCGCACCUGUUCAGGUAUCCAUUCCUCUGUGUAUAAAUACUGCUCCAGAAUACAGGCUUCUUCAGUCGUUGACAGUGGGAUACAAGUUACAACAAUGAAGAUCUUGGCCAUCUGCCUUUUUGCUGUCGCUGUCGCCGCCGACCCCAAUUGGCGCAUCGAGCCUCAGAGUUCUGGGGAUGAUAAGGACGAUGACAAAUGCAAGCAACUAAAAGCCCUGGACUGCGCCCAAGUCAUGGCGCCGUGGAACCACGUCAGGAAGUUGUGUGACGUCCAAGGGAACACCUACGCCAACAGGUGCGAGUUCUUCAAGGCGCACUGCGACAACCCAGAUCUGAAGCUGACGCGUUGCGACCGCCCUGACAAAAUGAAGCCCGAUGUCGAGACCUUGGCAGGUUCUGGUGAGCCGGAAAAGCCAGACGACAAGUGCGAGGAGGUCAAGGACAUGGACUGCUCUGUUAUCGCACGCUGGAACCACAAGGGAACCUACUGUGACAGCAAGGGCAAUAAGUACUCCAACAGAUGCGAGUUCGAAAAAGCCCGCUGCGCCGACCCUGAGCUGACCCCCAAGAAGUGCCGCAUGGUCACCCGUGACCGCCCCAGCAGCCGCGUGGACGAGGAGUGCAAGCAGGCAGAAACAGUGGACUGCUCUCUCUUGAAGGAGCACGUUGUCUGUGACGACAAGGGCAAUGAGUACCCCAACAGAUGCUACCUGUUCCAAGCGUACUGCAAGGACCGCACCUUGCAAAGGGCACAUUGUCCACUCCCAACUAACGAGCCCGGCUCUGGUGACCAGUUUGGAGGAAAACCAGAGAAAGCACAAGGCAAGCCAGACCACGCCGGACGCCCAGACCACGCUCAAGCGGUCUACUUUGGGUCAAGAUAA